CCGCUGCCGCCGCUUCCUCUUUAAAGGGGCCGCGUCCACGUUUGGGGGUCGCAGCUCGGCGUGGCCACAAACUCCACCGCAGAUUCUCACCAACAACUCCACCUCCACCAACCCUCCCUGCGUCACCCAACACCUCCACCACCAACCCUCCCUGCAUCGCCUGAAUCACCCAACACCUUCACGCCGCUCGUCGUCACCCUGCCAGCAGCCGCUGACACCAAGCGAGGCCAUGCUGCUGUUGCGCGUGCUGUGUGCGCUGGUGUCCACGGUGUGCGUGCUGGGCCUGGACAACGGCCUCAUGAGGACUCCCCCCAUGGGCUGGCUCGCCUGGGAGCGCUUCCGCUGCAAUGUGGACUGCAAAAACGACCCCGACAACUGCAUCAGCGAGCGACUCUUCAAGGCGAUGGCGGACCGCCUGGCGGAGGACGGGUGGCGUGAGCUCGGCUACGUCUACGUCAACAUCGAUGACUGCUGGAUGAGCAGGCAGCGGGACGCGCGGGGCCGCCUGCAGGCCGACCCUGAGCGCUUCCCCAGCGGCAUCAAGGCCCUGGCCGACUACGUGCACGCGCGCGGCCUCAAGCUCGGCAUCUACGAGGACCUGGGCACGCUGACGUGCGGGGGCUACCCUGGCACGACGCUCGCCGACGUGCAGACCGAUGCCACCACCUUCGCCGAGUGGGAGGUGGACAUGCUCAAGCUGGACGGCUGCUACUCCAACUCCUCCGAGAAGGCCGAAGGCUACCCCAGCAUGAGCCGUGCCCUCAACGCCACGGGCCGCCCCAUCGCCUACUCGUGCAGCUGGCCGGCAUACGAGGGCGGCCUCCCGCCCAAGGUCAACUACACGCAGCUCGGAGACAUCUGCAACCUGUGGCGCAACUACGACGACAUCGAGGAUUCGUGGGAUUCCGUUCAGUCCAUCAUGGACUGGUGGGGCGACCACCAGGAGGUGCUCAUCCCCGCAGCUGCGCCCGGCCGCUGGAACGACCCUGACAUGCUGAUCGUGGGCGACUUUGGGCUGAGCUACGACCAGUCGCGCGCGCAGAUGGCCGUCUGGGCCGUGCUGGCCGCCCCCUAUUUCAUGUCCAACGACCUGCGCAGCAUGUCGGCCGCGGCGCGUGAGCUACUGCAGAACCGCCUCCUCAUCCAGAUCAACCAGGACCCGCUGGGCCAGCAGGGCCGGCGCAUCGUCAAGGAGAAGUCCCACAUCGAGGUGUGGUCGCGGAACCUGACUGACGGUGCGUGGGCGCUGGCAUUUGCGAGCCGCCGCGUGGACAUGCCGUACCCGUACAGCGCCACGCUGGCCGCGCUGGGGGCUCCCGCAGGCUCCAAGUACUGGGUGAUUGACGUGUUCUCGGGGAAGCAGAUCGGCACCCUCAAGUCCGAGGAGAAGUUCACUGUGUCCAUCAACCCCAGCGGCGCCGAGAUGUGGUACCUGAACCCGACUGGUGCUACCGCCGAUCGGCCCCUGUGGAUGAAACCGCGCGCCCGCAUUCCCGUGCCGCCCGGCAACGACUUGCUGUGAUCGCAGCUCAGGAGGUGUGGUGGUGGGCGGCUCGCUAAUUCUCACUUCACAAUUAUCACGGUUCUCUCUGCGUCACAUCACAAUCAACCCCCAACACUUACUACUACUGCUAUGUUUUAUUAUUUUACCAGGUAAGGUCCCACUGAGCUAUACAUAGGUCUUUUUCAGUCAGUGACCUGGCCACAAUUGAUAGCUAAACGAAAGUGGUUUGUUAUGUGGAAAUGUAUUGCAGCCAAAUACACUGAGUGCACAUCGAUUCUAAAUGUGGAGGGGAAAAACAGGAGGACCUGGAGAAAACUCCGCGCCACCACGGAGAGAACAUGCAAACGCCAAUUAUAUCGGCGUCAAGGUCGGGAUCGAACCUACUACCUCCUGCAUACCAUGCGAGGUAGUUAACGUCGCACCUCCGUGGCGCCCCAAACUUAACCCUGCAGAUGAAGGCUAGUGCUGUAAUUAUUUUAUACAAAUGUUUUGCCUUCAAGUGUAGGGGGCCACAUGCCUGGAAAGUUGCGUAUCAGCGUUGUGCCCUGCAAUGCCAAUCCAAGGGUCUGCCCAAAUUACUCUUGCAAAUAAUGAGACUCCUCCUGGUCUUUGAUUUGUCAGCUGAGUGAAACAAAAGAAACUUGAAUUCCUGGCACAGUACCCCAAACGAGAACUCCCCGCUCAUCCCUCGCUGUCAGUCCGUUGCAGCCAGGAGGUCCUGGGCCUUUACCAUUGGUCUCCUCCACCCAGCAGGUGCCCUUAAGCAGAGAGAGAAACGUGGUGGGCAUGGUCGUGAUGCCCAGAAUGCUGUAGCCGGAACCUGCCGUGCCAUGCGGGCAGCCGCACUGCAUCUCGCUUUCUCGAGGUGGUCUCGAGGUGAGACAAAAAGCCAUUUGAUCUGUACCCUGAAGGUCGCCUUCACUUGCUGUGCUCACCGUGGGAUGCGGCGCUGGGGAAGUUAAAGUUGUGCGUAGAUCUGUGGGGUACAUUGCGCAAAAAACCUGCGUGGAAUGUGGUGUUGCACAAGGGGAAUCUAUAAUUGGUUAACUUGAGGUCACAUGGGUUGAGGCCUGGGCAAUGCUUAUGCUGUACAAAAUGGAUGGUGGCUUUAUUUUCUUGACAAAUGGUGUGGGUUGAAUUAAUUAAAUGAAUUAAUUCGUUAAUAAAAGGUAUUUUAAAAAAUAUUUUUUACAAAUUCACAUUCAUACUGCCUCUUGAUUGUUGAGUUUACAGUCCUGAAUCGGAGUAUACUUGCCUGUUGUGAAUUUUCUAGCGUGGUGUCUUUGCCUAGUUCGAUUGAGUCGUUUCAGUUGGAACAUUUUGAACAUGGCGUGGGUCGAUUGGUUCUAGACCCUAAGCUUUUUUUUAUCUUGACCCACUGCACAUCGUGUGGUUAGAAUGAAUUGUCAUUGGCUAUAACAGCCCAACAACCUUCAACUUUGUCAUUAUAAUGUAGGAACAGUUUGUGAAAAUGUCUGUCUGACGUGUUGAGCGAGAUGUUGCCUCCUACAAAACUUCCUGUGGCAUGAAUUAAAAAAAAUCCUGUUCCAACAAUUACAGCGAGACUCCUAACUCACUAACUAAUGCGCGUGUUCACUCUCAAACGAGUGAACCCUAACCGUAGGCUUCCUUGAAUGUUCACCGAAGCGAAACACCAAGAAUCAUGACCAACCUGAUAACAGCUUCCAGUGCUAACACAGAUCAUUCCAACCAAUAUUGGGAUUCAUAAUAGAUGUAUGGGUUCGGCCACAAUGAUCUGGUCAAAUUAUGUCGUGAAUUUACCAGUGAGCUGAAAUAAUAAUGUGGCCUGUGGAAAUGCUUGUACACGUGACCAGUUUAAUUGGUUUGCCCGUGUCAGAUGGAAGGUCUUCUGACAUGACGGAAUCGAUGCCAAGUCCUGUACUUGUUUUAAUACUCAUCUCAGCAUUAACAGCGGCUCUUCCUCCCAUUUUCAUCUCUCACUUCUUUCAAGCCUAAACCAAAGAUCGUGAAUGAUAAACUUGACCCAAACAUUAGCGCUAACCUGAUUUAAAUGAUUUGCACUGCGGUGACGCUUAUGUGGAAUGAAAGUUGAAAAGUAAAUGUGGUGAGAUCGGCAAGCAGAAUAAAGAGGCUUUGAAUUUUUGUAAACAUU